UGUAUCAGUACACAUAGCCUGCCUGAAAAUUGCAACAUUCUUCAUGCAAUGCAUAAAUUUUAAAGUUGCAUGUAAGGGUCAUAAAUCGUGAAUCGGAGGACGAUUGGUGAUCUGUGAUUGACUUGUACGCCUGGAAAGAGAGAGAGACACAGAGCAAACGAGCGAGAGAGCGGGAGGGCGAGAGAAAGAAGCAGAAGUUUCCCGUUGGAUGACACUCGCACAUGCACCCAAAGCUCCAGGAGACGCCAUAAGCUGCAGGUCAAACUUGUUUUUGUCCUCUUACUUUUCUCUAGAAACAUGUGUGCGUUAAGUGCUCGAGAACACGAGUGCGGCGAAGUUCUAGUGCGGUUCUAGAGUAUUACUGGGCUCUCAAGGAGACCAUCUCAGGAGGAAGGGAGGGGUGGACAAUAAGGAUGACUUUAGGGACGGAUAUGUCCGACAGCUCUGCAUUGUCCGAUGAUGUGGAUAUUGACGUGGUCGGGGGGGACAUGUCCGUCGGAAAAGACGGAAAAUACAUGCACCACGAUUUCAAUCUGGACUCCGAUGAUAACUACUCCCAGAACGCCGAGGAAGGGGCGUCCUCCCCAGGACUCAGCAGCUCAGACUGCCCGACGGAGCCAAUGGGGCUCGGCGCGGAGCCCGGCGCUGUCAUGGUGGGCGACAAAGCGAGAAAAAGCGCCCUGGUAAAGCCCCCUUACUCCUACAUCGCCCUCAUUACCAUGGCCAUUCUGCAGAGCCCGAAAAAGCGGCUCACCCUCAGCGAGAUCUGCGAGUUCAUCAGCAACAGGUUCCCCUACUACCGUGAGAAGUUCCCCGCCUGGCAGAACUCCAUCCGGCAUAACCUCUCGCUAAACGACUGCUUCGUGAAAAUCCCACGGGAGCCCGGCAACCCCGGUAAGGGCAACUACUGGACUUUGGACCCGGAUUCGGCAGACAUGUUCGACAACGGGAGCUUCUUGCGCCGGAGGAAGCGCUUCAAGAGGAACCAGGGUAACGACAUACUGCGGGACGCCGGAGGCUUUCUCCCCGGGUUCGGAUACAACCCGUACGGAUACAGCUACGGACUUCAGGUGCAGAACUUUCACGCCGCGCACAACCCGUAUCACCCACACCACCAUGCCCACGCGGGGGGAUCCUUUCCGUUUGCAAACGUGCCGUGCACCUUGCCCUCGCCGAUCUUCCCUGCGGCGCCUCCUCCCUUGCCAGUGGGGGCCGACUUGAGGAAGCCCUUCUACCCGGCCCUGGCGCCUCUCAAGACGGACUCGAGCGCCCCGAGUCGGCCCUCGUUCUCCAUCGACAACAUCAUCGGCGCGGCCAACUCUACCGCGUCGUCGUACAGCGCGCAGCCGGGCGGACAGGCGCAUAUCCUGGCCAUGCUCAGCCCGGCUUUGGCCUCCGCUUCCAACAACUUGAGCCUGUCGCAAGACUUAUUACAGCCCGGGCCUCACGGGCAGACCUUUCCAAGCAAAAACCUGAACACUUGCCCUUUCUAAAAACAAACAUUAAAAAAAGAACCUCCCCUGAACUGAACAUAUUUUUAAUAAAAAUCCAAAUGUGGUUUCGUCCUAAGGUAGGCUGAACAUUAUUGGUGAAAAAAUAUAAGUAUUGUGUUUUGGCUCCUAAGAGGGUUUAUUUAAGCUUUGUAAAUAGAUGCUUUUAAGAAACAACGAUCCAUUUAACGGGUCCUAACCUGCCCUUCAUUGUGCUGUAUAAAAAGUAACACCCCGUUAAAAUUAAACGUGUCACCAUUCAAGAGUACAUUUUUCAUAUCAUAUAAUUGUUUUGAAUUUAGUGCGUGGUGACAUAGGUGGCACAUGACAGACAACUCAGGUUUUUAACUUAGAAAAGCACAUGCAGAUGUGUUUAAAAUAUCGCAGCAGCCCACAAAUCUCCUGUGAUUUUUUUUUUUUUUUUUCAUUUUAAAUGUUGUUGGUUAAAAAAAGCACAUUACCUCCACCUAAACUUGUUUCAUGGUUGUAUUUCAUAUACAGUUUUAUGUCAUGUGUUGCCAUAGCAAAAGA